GUCAUCGAGGUCACAAAUUUUACCAGGUCCUAAAGAGCCAGCUUUUUGCGGAAAGCUUUUUUGAGAAAAUCCAGCAUACAUUCCUCGAUUAGUUGGCAGGGGGCUAUGAACUUAACUUCAUGGUGGCCAUCGACUUUACUGUUCUACGUUAAGGACCGACGUUACCCUGCUUGGGGUUUCGGAGUGCAGCCCAUUGAUGGCCCUGUUUCUCAUUACUUCAAUCUAAAUGGCAGCAGUGACUACUGUGAGGUGGGAUGAAUCCAGGGUAUCAUGACAGCAUACAUGAAUGCCCUUUUUAAUGUUUCGCUUGCAGGACCAACUAUAUUUGGACCAGUAGUUACGUCAGCUGCCAAUAUAGCAAAUUAGUCUUUGAUGAAGGGCGAGCGGAAAUACUUCGUUUUGUUAAUAAUCACGGACGGAGUGAUAACAGAUCUCCAAGAAACAAUGUAUGCCAUUGUUCAUGCUACGGAUUUGCCAUUGUCAGUUCUUAUUGUUGUGGUGGGAGGAGCUGAUUACAAGGAAAUGGAGAUUUUAGAUGCUGAUAAACAGAGGCUUGAAUCAACACGUGGACGUGUUGCAGUGCGUGACAUAGUCAAAUUUGUUCCCUACUGGGAUGUACAAAGUGGAGACUCGGUCCGUCAGUCACUUUUAGCAGAAUUACCUUCUCAGUUUUUGGAAUACAUGCGGCUCAAAAGGAUCCAGCCAACUUCAUGAUCAUACGAGAAUUGUACAUACAAAUGUUGAUUCGUGUAUUGCCCUGUUAAAAUCGUCAUUUUCAAGUUUGUUUCCCGAUGCUGUCAAAAGUUUUGCUUUUCGAUGUCUGGUUACAUCUUUUACUUCAUAUUUCCCGGAAGCUUGUACUUAUUAUAAUUCUUCAUAAUCAUGUUAUUUAUUUUGUUGAUAAAAAUUCAACGAAGCUCGUUAUCUUUGUACUUAUUGAGUAAAUGUAAUUAGUCAGGAUGAAAGGAUGCAGCAACACCUCCCUUUCGUGAGUA